AUGUCAUUUUCACUUGAGCACACAAGAAUUUCAAUUUACCUUUUUAUUGCAGGUUUCAGUUUGUUGCAAGGUGGUCCUUUGCCUACUUUCCUUGCUGAAGACCAGCUUCAGCGAAUCUUCAAAAAAGAUGAUUUGACUAAUCUGGGGGAAGCAGAAACCCAAUUUCGGGUAGGACUCGAGAGAUUCGGACUCGUUGAGCUCCUUCAUGGGAAACCGAGUCUUUCAUUCCUCUUCCGAAAGACAGCAGUGCUGCCUAUGACAUACCCCAAACUGGUGAAACUGCUGGACCCUAUUUUUUCCGACGAAGCGACCAACCAAAGGCAGCGGGAAGAGCGAACAUACAGACUCUUCCUGAAUUACUUGAAAGAGGUGUCAGCUGGAAGGAGGGUAGAUGGCAAUAUAUCUCUCCAUAGCAUUUUAAAGUUCGUCACUGGAUGCGAGAACGAGCCUGUUCUGGGUUUCCAAAUGAAGCCCACUAUUUGUUUUGAUACAAAUAUGCCAUCUUGCCUUCCUAUGGGCAACACUUGUAUUAGCAGGCUGACUUUGCCGAUAGGUGAGAAUGUAUCAAUGACCAAGGAAGAAGUGUUCUCUUUCUUUGACUACGCUUUCGCAAAUGAUUACUUUGGCCGUCUCUAAGUGAAACUACUGAUUUCUGAUUGAUUCUCUUUGACAAGGUGUUUUUUAAUUUAUAAGUUGAAUUUAGUUUACAGCAGCAUUGUUGAGGCGAAAAUUCG